AUGGACCAAAUUACCUUGGCUAUAAUUUUGGUUUUCUCUCAAUCUGCAAUUGGACUGCCUUUCCAUGAACACUUAGAGGUUGAUGUGGACGGUGGAAAAGACAAAGACAUAUUUGACAUCAACCAAGGAUUAGGCCUGGAUCUUUUUGAAGGAGACAUCAAGCUUGAACUGAAGGACAGGAACUCAAUCAUUGGAGAUCAGUAUCGGUGGCCAAUACCAGUUCCAUACUACUUAGAGGACAGUUUGGAAAUUAAUGCAAAAGCGCUUGUCUUAGAAGCCUUUGAACGCUACCGACUCAAAACAUGUAUUGACUUCAAACCUUGGGAGGGAGAACCAAAUUACAUCUCUGUGUUCAAGGAAAGUGGAUGUUGGUCAUACAUUGGUAAUUUGCGCAGAGGAAAGCAACAACUUUCCCUCGGUGCCAACUGUGACCGGAUAGCUACAAUUCAGCAUGAGUUCCUCCAUUCACUGGGGUUCUGGCAUGAACAGUCCCGUUCAGACCGAGAUGAUUAUGUCAUUAUAAUGUGGGACAGGAUCCAGAGUGGGACGCAGAACAAUUUCAAUACAUACAAUGAUUCACGGUCCAAUUCCCUAAAUGUCCCAUAUGACUACACAUCUGUUAUGCACUAUAGUAAGACAGCCUUCCAGAUUAGCAAUGAACCAACUAUUGUUACUCGGAUACCAGCUUUCAGUGAUGUGAUUGGACAAAGGAUGGAUUUCAGCGACUAUGAUCUUGAAAAGCUCAAUCGGUUGUACAACUGCACUAAGUUUAUCAGUUUCUUGGACACGUGUGAUUUUGAGUACAACAACAUCUGUGGAAUGAUACAAGGUACAGAAGAUAAUGCUGAUUGGAAGCAUGUUCUCCAGGCCCCUACAGGACCCAGUACUGAUCACACUAACCUGGGGAAUUGUAAAGAUAGUGGCUAUUUUAUGCACCUCAGCACUGCAACACUGAAUGCAAUGGAUACGUCACUACUGGAAAGCAGACUUUUCUACCCAAAGAGAGGAUUUCAGUGCCUGGAAUUCUUCUAUUACCACAAUGGACAUGAAAGUGACCAGCUGAAUAUCUGGAUCAGGGAGUACACAGAAGCCUUUCCUAAUGGCACUCUGAAAUUCAUUGAGGCUGUCAAUGGUCAACCAGCAGACUACUGGCAACUGUAUCAUGUCUCUCUGUCUACAAGCAACAAGUUUCGUGUUGUUUUUCAAGGGGUUAAAGGCAAUGGAAACUCCAAUGGAGGAUUUUCAAUUGACGACAUCAAUUUCUCAGAGGCAAAGUGCCCACAUUAUAUAUGGCACAUCAGAAACUUUACUAACCAGCUCAACAGCGUGACUACUAGGCUUUACAGUCCACCGUAUUAUUCUAAAGAUGGUUAUGCUUUUCAAGUACAACUGAGAGCCAAUUCUUCUGGAAAUAAUAUCUAUGACCUGGGAAUAUUUUUCCAUCUUGUCUCUGGAGAAAAUGAUAACAGCCUGCAAUGGCCCUGUUCUCUCAGACAGGGAACGAUGGUACUCAUGGACCAAAACCCAGAUAUUCGGAAACGUAUGUCAAAUUUGAGAAGCAUCACUACAGAUCCAUACCUCUUGACAGACAGCAGCAAGUUUUACUGGGAUAAACCUGAAAUUGUUGGAACCCAAGCUUAUUACUCUAAUGGAACACAGUUUUACCGUGGACCAGGACUUGGAACCACUGCAUACAUCACCCAAAACAGAGUUCUAAGCAGAGAUUUUCUCAAAGGGGGUGAUGCAUUCCUUCUUUUAUCAGUGGAUGAUAUUAGUCAUCUAAAUACAACUCAGCCAAUACCUCCAUCCACUGCUGCACCACCAAGUACUACUACUAUUACUAAUACAAGUGCUGCUAGUACUACCACUACUACUUCUCCUAGUACUACUACGACUACUGCUGCUAGUACUACCACUUCUACUUCUACUACAACAACAUCAUCUGGAACAAGAACUACAAUCAAUGACCCAUCUCAUCCCUGUUAUGGUUAUAGCUGUGAAAAUGAUGGUGUCUGUACCCUGGAAGAUAGUAAGCCAGUCUGCAGGUGCAAAGUUACUAAAGACUGGUGGUAUGUUGGAGAGAGAUGUCAAAGCAAAGUCUCCAGCCAGGACACCGUUGUGAUCGCUGUGUCUUCUUCAGUGACUAUAUUUGUCGUCAUGUUAGUAAUUACACUUGUUAGUGUGUACUGUGUGAAAAAAAACAGCAAGCAAACUGGGAAGGCGUAUGAUAAUCUAGGAAAUUUUAUGAAAAUAGUUAAGUCUUUAAUGCAGAACAAUGGCACCGUUGCAAAGGAAGAAAUAGAAAAGACAAAGGGGGAGCUGAGUGGAAGCAGUGAAGGAACAUAUGAAAUGGGAGACAUGUCAACUUCUAGCAAGUCUAGAACGAUACCAGAUUGGCAGAACAGUCCAAGAAAACAAAGAAUGUCUCAACUAAAUUUUGAAGAGCUGGAAGUUAUGGGUCUCCAUAAUGGAUUUGUUCUAGACUCAGUGAGAUGGGAGCAUGGUCAGAAAUCAGCACGCUGUGAAUAUCAGUGUGCUUCACUUGUGAAACUAGCAAAUCAGCAAUUAAGAAAGUCUAUACGAGACCAUGAGUGGUGA